UUUUUUAAUUAAAAUAAGUAUUUUAAAGUGUAUAUAAAUAUUAUACAUUCGAUCCACUUUUAUUAGUAGUAUAGAUAUAUAUAUGUAUGUAAAAUCUUCAGCGGAUCACUGUUAUUCCAGGUUAGCUGUGGUUACAGGAGGCAACAAAGGAAUUGGACUAGAGAUAUGUCGUCAGCUAGCAUCUAAUGGAAUUGCGGUAAUAUUAACAGCCAGAGAUGAGAAGAAGGGUAUUGAAGCUGUUGACAAUCUCAAAGUUUCUGGCCUCUCAGAUGUGUUUUUUCAUCAACUUGAUGUAAAAGAUCCUGCCAGUAUUGCUUCAUUUGCGAAAUAUGUACAAACGCAUUUCAAAAAACUAGAUAUCCUGGUCAAUAAUGCAGGAAUUGGUGGACUUGAUACAGAUCAUGAAGCACUUGGAGCCUUCGAAAAAGGAUGGGAGAUGGUGAGCGAUGAGAAAGCCCACUUGUUUGAGAAAAUCGUAAAGCAAACUUAUGAGAUGGCAGAAGAGUGUCUCGAGACGAAUUAUUAUGGAACCAAAAGAGUAACUGAGGCACUUCUUCCUCUCCUGCAACUCUCCAAUUCAGCAAGAAUAGUGAACCUUUCCUCAUUUUUUGGACAACUAAAUUUGAUCCACAAUGAGAAGAUCAAAGAAGAGCUUCAAAAUGUCGAAGGCUUAACAGAAGAGAAAAUAGAUGAGAUUUUGGGGUGGUUUCUAAUGGAUUUCAAGGAGAAUAAAUUGAAGGCUAAUGGGUGGCCCUAUACAGUGUCUGCUUAUAAAGUUUCCAAAAUUGCCAUAAACGCCUAUACGAGAGUUAUAGCAAGGAAAUUUCCUGAUUUCCGCGUAAAUUGUGUUCAUCCUGGAUAUGUCAAAACAGAUAUUACAGGUAACAUGGGAAACAUGACUCCUGAGGAAGGUGCUAGAGCACCUGUAAUGCUGGCUUUGUUGCCUGAUAAUGGUCCUUCUGGUUCCUACUAUAAUCAGAUGCAUGCUUCCACCUUCUGA